AGUUCCUUGUUGGAAAGGAACAGUCAACUUUGGGCUUCUACAUCGACUUCAACUCCGCCCGAUUUCCCCAAGACGUUUCGCUAUUUCUUUGCAAAGACUGCGUACCUACACAAGACGCCUUCAACUGGACAGCCACGCUGCCCGUUUCUGAAGACCAGAUCGUCUCAGUUCCGUGGAUAAACGGAACGAACCUCACCUCCAGCCCCUACCAGUGGCUGCUGCAUGGGGAGGAGGUGGACAUCACGGAGUAUGACGUGGGGAACCUAACAAAAUUUGGCAUUGGAGUGCAGUUUGGCUCUAAUUUGGACUUGGACGAAGAAGAAAUCAUCGAUUUUUCUUUGACCGUCUUUGAGUCAUCCUGCGUUUACUUCGACGAAGAAGUCCACUUGUGGCACAGCGAUGGGUGCGAAGUCGGCCCGCUGACCAACAUGACGCAUAUCCACUGCCGGUGUGAUCACCUGACCAAGUUUGCCGGCUUUGUUCCGCCGAACCCGCUCAACAUCGCGCAGGCGCUGUCUGCAAACGUCCUGGAGAACCCUUCGGGAAUGGUGCUGGUUCUGGCCGUGUUCGGGUUGUACCUGUUUGGAAUACUCUUCGCCAGAAAGGCUGACAGAAGAGACUUACAAAAGGCUGGAGUGGGAAUACUUCCGGGUCAUACUCUGAACCCGCGGAAGGAAUGUCAGUACGUCAUCACAGUGUACACCGGCUUCCGGGGGAAUGCUGGGACAACUGCUGAGGUAACAAUUGUCCUUGGUGGACUUAACAACGAGAGCUUCCCCUUCAAACUGCGGGACGAAAAGCGGGUUCUGUUUGAGAAGGGAAGUGUGGACUCAUUUCUCCUGUCUACAGAAGAACCGCUGGGAGAGCUCUCCCAUCUGCGCGUCUGGCACAAUAAUAAAGGAUACAGUCCGGGAUGGUUUUUGAGCCAGGUUGUGGUAACGAACAGGGCAGGAAAAGACACAACGUAUUUUCUGUGUAACAGAUGGCUUUCUGUUGAGGAAGAUGACGGGAAGGUCCACCGCAUCAUUCCCAGAGCUGUACCUGAGGACCUGAAGAAGUUCCGCAACUUGUUCCUGGCGAAAAGUGCAAGGGACAUGAACGACGGCCACAUGUGGUUCUCUGUGGUUGGCCGCCCUGCCCGGAGCCCGUUCACCCGUGUCCAGCGCCUGUCCUGCUGCCUGACGCUGCUCUACAGCACCAUGCUCACCAACAUCAUGUUCUUCGGCCGCGGGGACGACUUCGAGCCGCCAGAGCCAAUCAGAUUCGCUGGGGUCGAGAUAGAACCGCCUAUUUCACUGCCGCAGAUCAUGAUCGGCGUACAGAGCGCAGCCAUCAUCCUACCUGUAAAUGUGCUCAUCGCCUUCCUGUUCCGUAACUCUGGUCCGCGGGGCGACAAGAAUACGGACAAGAAGACACAGAAGGAAGGGACGGAAGGUAGUGGAAAGGCAAAAUCAUCGCUGCCCUGGUGGACUGCCUAUAUAGGCUGGUUGCUCGUGUGGUCGGCGAGUUUCGUGGCGGCGUUUUUCACCGUGCUGUACACCCUGAGUUUCGGCCGGGCUAAGGCAGAGGCGUGGCUCGUGACCUUUCUGACGUCAUUCGUGACCGACCUGUUCCUGAUGCAGCCCUUCAAGCUGCUCAUCGUGGCCGUCAUUUUCGCUUUGAUUUCAAAGACACCUGUUGAAGAUGACGCCCCUCCCGCCGAACCUCUGGAGCCUGGUGAAGAGUUUCUUCAGUCCGGCACACCGGACGCCAAUGAGAAGGGUUCCGAAAUUGGUAGUUUCAACUCACCUCCAGACGAAUCCACUCUUGCUGAGCAGCGACAGAAGAGCGCAGAGAAACGCAAGAGGCGCGCUAAAGAUUCUGUUACUUGCUUUGACUCACCGCCGGACGAAGCCACUCUUGCUGAACAGCGUCAGAAGAGUGCAGAGAAACGCAAGAGGCGCGCCGCCGUACUGGAGGUUCUGGUGUUUGCGCUCUUCAUCACUGUUGUCAUGGCAACCUCAUACGGGGAACGGAGCCCCAUGGCGUUCUACAUGACACAAAAUGUGGAGAGGCAGAUACUGGAGACUGGCGAUGUUGGGUUCUUUGAGAUCGCUGACAUCCCAUCGUUCUGGACCUGGAUAACAACCGGGUUGAUGCCCGCCCUUCACGUGAGAAGCUGGUACAACGGCAGAGUCAGUCCGGACGCCAGGUUACUUGGAGACAUGAUCACCUACCCGCUGGGACCUGUACAGCUGCGGCAGGUGCGAAUAGAGCCAGGACAACACUGUGCGCCACCCGAGCGAAUGCUGAACGUGACGUCACGUUGUAGCGUGCCGUACACACUCAGUGUGGCCGAUACACAGAACUACACCUUACAGUGGAUUCCCGACAACACAACAGCAAACGGGACAGACGACACAGUCUGCAGUCCUACCAGCUCUCAAACAUCUCGUGAAUUACACAACUGUGCGAACAACGUGAGCCCGUGGAGGUACACUUACGCUUCACUCACAGAUGGAGUCCCUCACUUCGGACAGCACGGCUCGUACAUCAGUGGCGGGUACAUCGCCUGGCUCGGAACAACCGACGAGUCCAUGUUCUUUCUACAACGGCAACGUUGGUUGGACGACAAGAGCCGCGCAGUUUUCAUCGAGCUUAUCCUGUACAAUCCACACGUGAACCUGUUUUCGGUCGUGUCGUUGGUUGUGGAGUUCACCAAUCUCGGAGCAGCUUACAAGAGUUCGGAGAUCGUCACCGUGAGACUUAUACAGCAUGACGUCAUCUUACUUCUGAUCCUGAGAGGGGUGCUGGCGCUGUUUCUACUCUACUUUGUUUUUCGUGAAGGAAAGUCUCUGAUGUCACGACCACUUGAGUAUCUCGGUGAGUUCUGGAGCUGGGUAGAGCUGUUCGUGAUCACCAUCGGCUUCUCAACCCUCGUCGUCUACUUCUACACGCAGAACAUCAUUGACGAGGUGGCAGAACAACGGAGGAACGGAAACUCCGUCUUUCAUCUGUACAAAAGCGCUGUCAGCUGGUUCCAAAUCUCCACCUAUCUACAAGGGUUUCUUAUCUGCUGCGCUACGUUAAAGUUUAUCCGCCUCCUGCGCUUCAACUCUCAUGUGUACGCCUUGUCUAUGACUAUGAAGAAGUCCCUCAAACCCCUCAUGUCUUUCAUGUUGUCUGUGGCUGUCAUUCUGUUAGCUUUUAUUAUAAUGAUGGCUUUGACACACGGCUCAAAUAGCAAUGAGUAUAAGAACCUAAGUUCCAGUCUUCAAAGCCUUCUUCUGAUGAUGUUGGGUAGUUUUGACUUCGACGCUCUGUCCUCGGGCCAUAGAAUACUUGGCCCGCUGAUCUUCUUCUCCUACCAGGUUAUUAUGCAGUUCUUCUUGUUGACUAUCUUCAUGGUGAUUCUUUUUGAAGUGUACGAGAAUGGGGACUGGACGACAAACCCCUACGACAUCGGCUUUACUUCCUUCCUCAAGGAAACGGCAGCAGAAACCGCUGAAAAGAUCAAAGGGACUUCCCUCAAUACUUUCUUCAUAGCUGUGGUGACAGUUUAUUACGCGACCAGCUCACCCUGCAAACCUCCUGUGGAACAAGUGUGUUCCUGCAAGCAUGGGCAGCUGAGCAGUAACGAGACAUGCACGGUCUGCGCGUGCUCACAUGACGGCAACUUCAGACGAUGCGAGACUUCUCGAUGGCUGGACAUCCCAAGCUCCUGGAUUUCGGACGAAAGCAGCUCUCGAAGAUGCACAUGGCGAGGUUGUCGCUACACGCUGAACAAAGCGAAGAAGGCUUUUGACGGCGACGCGUCCACCUACUGGGAGCCCAAGUACCGGCCGGACGGGUACCAACAUUGGGUGAUCCUCGACCUUCAGACCACCUUCGUGAUUCGGAGACUCUCCAUCACUAACGAUGGCAGCGGUGAUCAGGACGUUGUCAGCUUUAUCGUGGAAAGUUCCUCCGUGAGUCCGUACGUGUGGGAGAUCGCGCACAGCUCGGACGCGGUGGUUCCUGGAACCGCCGACCCGCAGGAGUUCAGACUGGACUUCGAAAGUCGGUACGUCAGGCUGAAAUUCGACACCCAGAGCGGAUCACAGCCGAUCAUUAGAGAAUUGACUCUCUUUGGACAAGAGGAUACAGGCGGAGCUGAGGGGUCGACUUGCCCCGCCCUGAACACGGGCUGCGUCAUCAGUGACGCAGCAGGGGAAUUAGUGCCUCCUGGCGGCCAGAGCUGUUAUGUCACCGCUGACAUCCAUGAAGGGGUUCGGAGCCAUAAAAGCCCGCUCCAAGUACAUCGCACUGGUAACGUCGUGCUCCACGGCAAUCUGCUGCUGCAGUGUGAGGAGGACCAUGAGUUGCAGAUAUUUUGGACAGCGAGAGGCUACAACCAGACCGACCCAGAAGAACCCAUGGAUGAUUUACUUCCCAUUGAUGCACCGCGGAACUACAUUCAUUUCUCUCUUGCACCGAGAACGUUACCUCUGGGGGUACAUAUGAUACAACUGCAAGUCAUCAUGAACGUGACAGGGAGUGGCCAUGUCUCGGUGUCAGCCGCACAGACUUGGGUCGAGUUCGUCAGGUUGCCUGUUGUGUACAGCUUAGGCAGCAGUCUCAGGACAGUCCCUACGUCAGGUGAUAUCCAGGUGAACGCCGGCCUGUCCUACGAUCCGGAGGAAAUCUUUCCCUCCAGUGCAUUCACGUAUAACUGGAAGGGCACAGUGCUGUCUCUGCCAGAGUGCGGGCUGUUUUUGUUUCGGCACGUCCCCGACAGCGACUGCAGUACUGGUGGGGUGGACAUCGCGGGUUACAGUGAGGUUUCUCUCCAGUUCUGUGCCGCUGCGUGUUGCGCACACUCGAACUGCCUUUCCUUCCAGUACAACGGUGCAGCCUCCUGCUAUCUGAAACCUCGGCUCUGCACUGAUGGAGAGAAAAGUUAUAUAUCAGUGGGCAACAUGUAUGAUCGACUUACAGACAACCUGGGUGCCAACGUAGCCGUUGGGCGCACUACAUCGUCUAGUCCGAUCUACGCUGCCACUUACGGCGCUGAAAAAGCCGUGGACGGGAUCACAGCCACGAGUUUGGAUACAGGGUCCUGUUUCCAUAGCGACGACUUCACGUCCAAUCCCUGGCUACAGAUAGAUCUAUCUCGGCCCAUCCCUAUCACCAAUGUUCUCAUCUACAACCGUAUGGACUGCUGUAGUGAGAGAAUCAACCCUUUCCACCUGCACCUGGGCAAUUCCUCCGACAUCCAGGCGAACGGCAUAUAUGGAGGGGACUUGAACUUUGACCUGUCGCAAGCGACGAUGACGAUCCCCGUUACCGGCGUGACGUCACGAUAUGUUGGCCUUCUCCUUCCUGGUUCCAGUCGUACCAUGAACCUGUGUGAAGUUCAAGUUUAUACAGAUGACGAACUGGCAUUGUCGGAAGUCACGCUAGGAUCUCAGGUAGCGGGUUCGGAUCCAGGAGUUCUGGUGUUCGAGUCCCCGACCGACGUGCGCCCUAUCGGUCUCAUCGCCAACAUCACUGUGGAGAUCAUUGCGGGGGACUUCCCUCCUGUAACGCUUCACACCAUCAUUCAGGUCGUGCCGGACGAUUCACUGGGGGAACUUUCUCUACAAUGUGAAGCUCUUAGCCGCCAGGAGAACUGCGAUCCAUCCAAGACGGCGUCAACAGAACCUUUAGAGCUGUUCACGGAAUCUCAAAUAUUUGGAACGACAGAAUUCACCCUGGAGGAAUUCCCAGCAGGUUUUGCAGGCCAGGACUGGACUGCCGGCAUCGACACCUACUUAAGUGAUGACACUCGGCUUAGAGUUAAUUCGGGAACGUUUAGGGCGGAGGGGUACUACACCAUACGGCUGACUGAUCACCACGUCACCGAUGAUGGGGAUUGGUCGAGAAUUACGGAGUGGCGCUUUAAUGUAUAUCCCACACCAGUUCAACUGUUGGAAGAAGGGGAGUCUUCAGAUGCCUGCACUAUGAUGCCAACGGAAGGGGUGUCCCUGAUUGAUAGGUUCUGCGCAAAGUGUAUCGGUAAGUGA